UGCCAGCAGUCGAGAUGGCGGAAACUGCAGCAGCAGCACCGGCCGCGGCGACAUCCGUGGAAGUGCGGCUCCCGGUUCCCCGCCCUCGCCUGGCUCAGAGCUUCUCCGCGGGGCGGGAGUGGGACAAGGACCUGGUGGCCCCGGGGGACACCAUCACCACCGACCCAGGAUACAUGAGAGGCCACGGGACAUACCUGGGAGACGAGAAACUCGUUGCCUCUGUGGCUGGUGUUGUGGACAGGGUGAACAAGCUGGUCUGUGUGAAAGCUUUGAAAACAAGAUACAAUGGCGAAGUUGGUGAUAUUGUGGUUGGACGAAUCACAGAGGUUCAGCAGAAACGGUGGAAAGUCGAGACCAAUUCCAGGCUGGAUUCUGUCUUGCUCCUUUCAUCCAUGAAUCUUCCAGGAGGGGAGCUGAGGCGGCGAUCAGCAGAGGAUGAACUGGCAAUGCGAGAUUACCUGCAGGAAGGGGACCUUAUCAGUGCAGAAGUCCAAGCGGUGUUCUCUGAUGGGGCCGUAUCGCUGCACACACGGAGCCUGAAAUACGGAAAGCUUGGCCAAGGUGUGCUCGUCCAGGUGUCCCCUUCCCUCGUGAAGCGGCAGAAGACCCACUUCCAUGACUUGACUUGUGGGGCUUCCGUUAUCCUUGGCAACAAUGGGUUCAUCUGGAUCUAUCCAACGCCCAAACAGAAGAAUGAGGAGGCUGGGGGAUUCGUCACUAACCUGGAGCCAGUGCCCUUGCCUGACCGUGAAGUGAUUUCCCGACUCCGGAACUGCGUUGUGGCUCUGGCAGCGCAGAAACAGAUGCUCUAUGACACCAGCAUCCUCUACUGCUACGAGGCAUCCCUUUCUCAUGAGAUCAAGGACCUUCUCAAGCCAGAGGUGAUGGAGAAGAUUGUGCUGGAGACGCGUCAGAGACUGCUGGAACUGGAGGGGUGAUUGGAGAGGGAAAGUGGCGAGGCAGUGGUGGUCCUUUCCUUUCAGGGAUCUAGCCUCCCUGAUGAUUUUUUCUCCCAGUGUGAGAUUUCAUUACAAAUCCCAUACCAAAUAGAAAAGGGGGGACUGUGGAAACGAUGAGAACUUUUGCUUAAGAAUCUUGGUAUCCUUUGUUAUCCUGUGGCCCUCCCAAUGAGGCUGGACUACAGUUCACACACACAUACCCCUCCAACCACCAGCUGUACUGCCUGCAGGGGCUGAUACAUUGGGCUCCAGCAGGAUAGGAGGCCAACAGCUUCUCAAUGACUACUGCUUCCUCAGCCCAUGACCUAGCCGAAAUGCAGCAUCACAUUCCUCUACACAUGUAGCCAGCAUCGUAAAAAGCACCUGUGAUACUAUGGGUGCUUCAAGCUAUGUGUGUGUGUGCAGGGGGGGUGGGGUGGAUUCUUUCUUUUUACUGGAGAUAUUUCAAUAAACUUUAGUUGUUUUAAAAAAAUGAGUGCAUGUGUAUUUGAGAGAGUCUUCACAUCGAAGGUACCGUACUUCUUUAAGCAGUGCAGAGUUAAACUAUGGAACUUGCUCACAUAGGAGCCGUCAACUUCAAUGACUUUGAAAGAGAAUUGAACAAAUUAACGGAGAAUGAGGCUACUGAUGACUACUAAUGUGUCUGGCCAAACAAACCAUAGCUAAGGAUGGGUGCCAGGUUCACCCAUAAUGCCAAGCCACAAUUAAAGCAAGGUAAGGUUUGUGAGCCAGCAACAAAUUGUGGUUUGUUGACAGUAAGCAAACCAUAGUUUAGGUAGGAUGCAGGUGAUCAAACAAACAAUGGUUUAAGAAACCAUUAAAAAUAAUUCUAUACCGCCCUUCAUCUGAG